ACUGCUUUAUGACUCGAUAUGAAAGUUUCAUACUGUGGUAACGCCAUUCAUUAGUGUCAUGCAAAGAUACCUUUUUGGGACAAUGGCAUUAAAAUAAUGUGAAAAUGCUCAAGUUUUGUCAGCUUUGUAGUGUCUUACAGUUGGAAAUACUUGGAAGAACUUCGAUUUAGUGGGCUGUCAUACAAAAACAACCUUGAUGUCUUCUUGCUGGGUGACGCGUGGUGUGUUGUGAACUUCAGAUUCUUCCUGGCUUGUGUUUUGAGAAAAGACAUGUACACCCCUUAACUGGCUGCACUAUCCUGUCAGUAUAUAUUAUGAAACAACUCAGAGAUAAACCUUUCCGAAGACAUUUGGCAGAGCUAAGUUCAAUCUAUUGUUCACCAUCCUUAAGUUUUCAUUGCAUAAGACAAUAUUAUUUUCUUUUUUGAGCGUAGGAGAGCAUCACAUAAACGUUAGCAUUGGUUAAUGGGCUCAUGCACAGAGUAUCACUGUUAAAACUGCUGGAUCAAAAAUAACCCAAUUUGAGUAAAAAACCAAAAAAAAGGACCGAAAUCAGCCAACUCGAAUUAACCAAUGUAGCAGGUUGGUCCGUUUUUUACCCAAAUUAUUGUUGUUAGUUUUUUGACAUAGCAGUUUUAAGAUCUAACCAAUACAAAUUAUUAUUUUGCUGCUGGGCGAAUUGAAUCAGCCAUCACACAGAGUAAUACGAUGUUACUGCAUUGCAUUAGUCUCUGUUGUGUUUACAUUGCAUUCUAUUUACAUAAUUUGUUUUAGGAUAGACUGUAUAUAAUCUGUAAAUACAUUUUCACCAAUAAUUAAAGUUUAAGUGCCUGUGUAAUAAAGGGGACUUAUUCAAGCAAGACCCAUUAUUUGUAGUAAACGUUACCAAAAAAAAUAAUGUUUCUUGUUUAUUUAGAUUUCAACAGUAUUGUCUAUUGAUUUUCAAGGCAACAUAUUUAUUUUCAUGUUUCAUUUGAAUCAAAAAGAAGAAACUGCUUGACAAUUAAAUGCUCAACGUAAGGAGACGGAAAUAGAUGAUUGUUAAAAUAGAAUAAUCAGCUGUGUUACGUUUUACCUCUCAGAAUCAUCAGGUCGUUAUGAGUGAUCGGGGUAGGCCGACGCGCGGUAACAGAAAAGGCUGCGAAGCACUGGGCUCGUCACUUGUUCGCUUUUCCGACGUGCUCCUCCGCCUGGACGAAAGAACUACUUUACUCAUGGCGGAUGGAUCUCCCCACCAACCUGGGCAACGUACGCAGGCUACACCUGGCUGGAAAAAAUAGUCGAAUAUAGAAUGUCGGCGCAUGAAAAGAUACAAACAUAGGUAAGUAGUUAAUAUAUUUUAUUUAGGUUUGAAGAAUUGCUUUGGCUUUCAAGUGCUAUUCGUGUAUGUAGAGACAAGUUUACAGGGGGAUGCUGUUUGCAUCACCGCAUCACCUGUUGGGGCGUAUAAACCUCCAUCGCAGUCACGAGCGAAUCGCGAAUUUUGCAGACGCAAAUUGCAAUCGCAGGGUGUAUUUGUCAAAAUUGCAGGUUUGGACGAAUGUAAUGGAAAGCGAAAAACGAGUUUUAGAGAGAGAAUCACCACGUCAGUCCUGGAGAAGUUGCAAGCUGAUUAUUGAUCCCGCUCUCACAAAAGGACUGUACAAAGUGUACCGCUAUGAUGGGCACGAUUUUAAUAUUGCCGUUGAUGACUUGGGUUUGUUUCCAGUUGAUUCAGUGAAAGAUCCACGCAUCUGCCGCAUAUGGAGUAAAUGUGUAAAGACUGACCUUUCGGUUCCCAGAUUUAAGAUAGAUGAGUUUUACAUUGGCCCUGUUCCUCCCAAAGAAGUGACAUUUUGCAGGCUAAAUGACAACGUCAACAAGGCCUUCUUGACUAAUAUGUGUAUGAAAUAUGGCCACACGGAAGAAGUGGAAAUUUUCUACAAUCCAAAGAACAAGAAGCAUUUAGGUAUCGCAAAAGUUGUUUUUGACACUGUGAGGGCUGCAAAGGACACUGUUCAUCACCUUCAUCACACAUCAGUGAUGGGCAACAUUAUCCAUGUGGAAAUUGAUCCAAAAGGUGUAAACAGGGUGCGCUACCUCAAACUUCUCUAUGAGGGUGUCUACACUCCGCGGAGCUUACCAGUGGGUAGCAGUGACAAAAGUUAUCAAAAUGUAAUCGACAAUAUACUGUGCACUUCAGCCACACAGCGAAAAGGAAGCCCAAGCAGCUUCAUUACUCCACUCUCUCUUGACACAGCGUAUUCCAGUAUUAGUCGGGAUACACCUUCCAGCUUUGGGUUAACUCCUUGUUCACAGGGAACUCCACACACCCCUAGCUUUUCCGCGACUCCUCUCUCCCAGGACUCAUGCUAUUCCAGUCUUCAGGGCACUCCGAUCCUCCAGGGGGAGCCCAUGACUUGCAGCGUUCACAAACCAAUCAGUGAAGAGCUUUGUUGUCGUAAAGUCCCAAGGUUUUACUGGGGAGCCGGUGAAGUCUCAGAGGUAGACUUAAAAUUAAAGAACCGCCAACCUCAACCUUCCCUUCCACUGUUUACUCAGAGUAGCAAGCAGAAGCUUGAACCAUGGCGGAAGACUGAACACCCAUUUGGUCAGAAUCAUGUAAAGCAUUCCUCAAAAUUUGUAUCCCCUGGCCCAGGGUCGAGGAAUGCGGUCACAACCACCUCAAAAGUGUUACCUAUAAAUUCUUUGAGCCUCUUGUGCCUCAACUUGGCAGCCAGCAAGCAGGCAGAAGUGACUUACCCACACAACAACCAUGCAGAUUUACCUCAGUCCCCAGUGAACUUUAUCCCGACAAACACGCAACCAGAGGCAGAGACAUUAGAAGUCCGAAUACAAAGUUUGCUGACCAACAGCCAAAGUUCACAUACUUUGAAAGCCGAUGUGUUCUGUGAGGACCGCCCUACCUCACCAAAUUCACUCCAGAACUCCCCACUCUCAGAUGGCCCAAAUAAGAUUUUGGCAGAUUUGAAUCCAACACCACUCCUCGAGGAGGAUGAAACUUCCCAAGCAGUUUUUUUUCUUACAUCCCAAAGAAAUAAACAAUGCCCCUCUCCAUUAGAUUUCACACAUUCUGAAGGAAGCGGAGAUGGAAACAGUAAGACAGAUGCAGAAAGGUCCCUGACACCAUGUCCUCAGGAGCUUCAGUUAUCAAAUGUGGACAAAAGAAACUGUGACGUGUUGAAAGAUGGUAUAUCUUGUGCUCAGCCUCCCUGCAACACUCAGCAGUCCAAACAUCCACUUGCCAUCACAUCUGCAGGUCACCAUCCACCAUUUGCCCCUUUAUGUUUCCUCAAUCCUUCAUUUGCCCCUGUUCCGCCUUGCCUGCCGAAUGGCAUCGUUCACAUUCACAAUCACAGUAGCAUACACUUUCAACCACUUUCUAACUCCCCGUUACUCCGGCCUCCUUUGAUGCCAUGCUCUGUGCACACGUACCCGUCAUCCCCACGACCUUGUUUGAUUUUGGACCAGUGCAACCCAGCAAGGCUUGGAAAUGUCCCCUUACCGCCUUCUGCACCGCCCUGGGCCACUUCACCUUUUCCUUGUAUCAACCCUUUCAUGCCACCAUCAGACAACACACUCAUGAGAGAAAACCCACGUAAAGUCACACUGGGAAAAGUUUUAACUGUGCUCAUGGAUGAACUGAAGUCAAUUAUCAAGAGGGACAUCACUCGCAGAAUGAUUGAGGGAGUGGCAUUCAAGGUGUUUGAGGACUGGUGGGACAAUCAAGAGAAGAAAACCAAGGUACCAGUUGCGUCUUUAAAUAAUAAGAAAAACAAAUGUGUAAGUCCUCUAAAUCACAUUACUGGCGAGCGCAAGAAACCUGCCCUUUCCUCCUUCAAGAUUAAGAAGAAAAGAGAUGAGAGUCUUGCAACAUCAGAAGUGCUAGAAAGUAAAGAUUCUGAUGCAACCCAAGGGGAUAAUAUGUCGGAAUCAACAUUUGAGAGACGCAAACGCAGACACGCAAGACCACUUGAUCUCGAUAGUGAUGAUGAUGAUGAAAGAAAUGAAGAACACAAGACACAUCAAGCCGAGGAAAGGGAAAUUGCAACAGACAAAGAGGAACAGGCUGGGCCCAAAGAAGAUGCAGUGCACAUUUUGUGUGACAGAAAAGACCAUAUCGACAAUGUUGAUGGCAAUCAUCUGGAAAAAGAGAAGGCGAUCGAAAAAGACAUGGAAGCUGAAGACACCUGCUCAGUUCUUGGUGAAGUUCUUUCCUCUGGCAGUGAGAUGUAUUCAGAGUCCAGCUCCUCUGAGGUCUGCUCAUCCGACUCAGACUUCCCUGACUCUUUUACUACAGAGAGCGUUGAUGACUCAUCCUACUCUAACUUCAGCUCUGAUGAUGAUGAUGAUGAUGAUUUAGGAGACAAUGUCAAGGAUGACGAGGAGUCCAUGGAGCUUGAGCCUCCUGUGACACCCUCAGCCCCACUCACCCCUGGUGCUCAUAUGGAACUCGCGGACUUGUCAAAUAUGGAGAAAGCAGAGGAGAGCCAGUAUUUGCACCAAGAGCAGGUAAUGAUGCAGCUGCAUUUCGCGAAGGCACAGGACCUACAGCCCCCAUCACACACUGGACGUCCAGCAGUGGCUCUGGAACUUGAUCUGGAGAAGGAGGGACAUGAAUGGAACUUGGGUCCUCCGGAGUAUACCUCGAGGCCUCUCACUCCUACCGGCUGCUUUUUUGACAGUGACCCCGACUUUUUGAUCAGAAGCAAACCAACAUCCCCAGUUGCGGUGGAGGUGGAACGACCCUGGACCCCAGGCAAAGGCAUAGCCUCUCAAUUAGGAAGUGAAGAAUCAGAAGAUGACAAUCUCUCACGAACUAUCAGUGAGCUAGAUCUGCCAUCAGAUAGAUCUUUGUUAUUCCCGGAAACACCCAAGACCCCAGGUCGAGAAGACACGAGUGUGUGGCACCCUAACAGAGGUGAGAGGAUCUCAAAAAGUCCAGAUUCUGAGGGCACUACACCAGAGGAUGCAAGGGUAACACACACACAUUCAUCACCGUUUAGCAAUCCAUUUAUAUUAGCACCAAAGACUCCCGGAAGAGAUAUCCUUCUACCACGAAAAGCCUUAGUCCACAGAAGAAAGACUGAAAAAGCGCACACCUCACAACCUCUUUUAUGGGAUGAAUUCCUUGGAAUGUCAUCUCCAUGUCACCUAUCUGAGUCUUCAUCUGAUGGCGGAGGAGUUCGAACAUGGUCAGGUAUGAGAGCGAUACCUCUGCAAGGACUGGAGAACGUGCCAGGUCUUCUCUACAAGGGAAGUAGGAGAGAUACAAAUAUGAGACGUAAAUGGUGCAAGAGACUCAAAAGGGGUUGGAGGAACCAGCAUUUUUCUCGUAGUUGUGCUCGCAAGUGGCGUUCAGUUCGGGAGGAGAGGAGGAUACUUCACAGUAUAUGGAAAGAUGGUCUGGAUGAAGAGGAUGGGAGACUGUUGCGGUGCACUUAUGAAAGGCUGCAAGGGCAAGAUGAUGAGUGUAGCUGGCUUAGUGACACGCUCUGGAUCCCUCAUCCUCCGACUAAAGUUAUGGAGAAGAAUGAAGGAAACCAAUCACGUCAGCAGAGGCACAUCACGGGCUCAGCCCGAAGCGAAGGCUUCUACAAAAUCAACUGGAGGGAUAAACUUGAAUACCUCAAACAAGCAAGAACUACUGAACUUCCCUCAACAAGAUCUCAGUUGGAACUUCUGCCGCAGCCUACUGUACUUCGGGCCGGAUCAGACUUCAGGUCAGAACAGCGCCGUUUGCUGUCAUCGUUGAGCUGCGAUAGUGACCUAGUCAAGUUUAACCAACUCAAGUUCCGAGAAAAGAGGAUUUGUUUCAGCCGAAGUCCCAUCCAUGAUUGGGGUCUGUUUGCCAUGGAAGCCAUAGCAGCAGAGGAGAUGGUGAUUGAAUAUGUAGGACAAAUCAUCAGACAGAAUAUUGCAGACAUGAGAGAGCGUAGAUAUGAGAAGGCAGGCAUCGGAAGCAGCUAUUUGUUCCGUGUGGAUCAGAACACCAUCAUUGAUGCCACAAAAUGCGGGAAUUUAUCCAGAUUCAUCAACCACAGCUGCAGUCCAAACUGCUAUGCAAAGAUCAUCACUGUGGAGUCUCAAAAGAAGAUAGUGAUUUACUCGCGGCAGUCAAUAGGCAUCAAUGAAGAAAUCACAUAUGACUACAAGUUUCCCGUUGAAGACACAAAGAUUCCUUGUUUGUGUGGAGCAGAAGCCUGCCGAGGCUCUUUGAACUGAUCCCAUCCGAACAGCCUGUCUUAUAUCUUAGAUGGUCGAGGCACAUUGCCUCAGGUACUGCACAAACACGGACAAUUUAGAUAUGCCUCAGACAUAACAAUCGGACAUUGCCAGCAGCUCUCUUGAAGGUUAAAAAUAACCUGAGAUGCACCAGGAGGACCGACUGAACAUUCCCAACCAG